AUGGCUUCUUUAAAGUUUUCUUGCCCUGCAACCACCAUUUCUGGAUCUCAGGGAUUUAAAAAUUCCAGACCUUUUGAUGCACUGCAUUGUGGUAAUCUGUAUUCUGUGAAUGGCUGCCCUUUACAAUCCUUUAAUCAUCCUAGUGCUAAAGUGGGAUUCACUACCAAGGCCAAUGGAAGAGUUAAAUCUUUUGUGUUAUUUGGUGAAGGUGGCCUUCUCCCCAAUGCAAGAGGCAAAAAACUUUCUUGUAAUGCUCUUAUCAGUGACGUGUCUGGUGGAGUUGAAGUACAGCCUGAUUCUGUAGAUUUUGGAGUACUUGCAGCAGAUAUGGCUUUGACAACCAGUGGUUUUGCUGUUAAAGAUGAUGAAUUUGACCUGGACCAGCCAUCAAAAGGUUUCUCAUCUAUUACAGCGGCCAUUGAAGACAUUCGUCAAGGAAAGAUGGUUGUAGUCGUAGAUGAUGAAGAUAGAGAAAAUGAAGGAGACAUAAUAAUGGCUGCAUCAAAAGUUACUCCGGAGGCCAUGGCUUUCUUUGUGAAGCAUGGAACUGGAAUUGUUUGUGUGAGCAUGAAAGAGGAAGACUUGGAAAGAUUGCAGCUUCCCCUCAUGGUAUCUCUUAAGGAAAAUGAGGAGAAACUUUGUACUGCAUUCACCGUUUCGGUGGACGCAAAACAUGGUACAACCACCGGAGUAUCAGCAAGAGACAGGGCAACAACGAUAUUAGCUCUUGUAUCAAAAGAGUCAAAGCCUGAGGAUUUCAAUCGCCCUGGCCACAUAUUCCCAUUGAAGUACAGAGAGGGUGGUGUUUUGAAAAGAGCCGGACACACAGAAGCUUCUAUGGAUCUUGCCAUGUUAGCAGGAUUAGAACCUGUUGGAGUUCUAUGUGAGGUUGUUGAUGAUGACGGUUCUAUGGCUAGAUUGCCUAAGCUUCGGCAAUUUGUUCAGCAAGAAAACCUCAAGAUUAUAUCUAUUGCUGACUUAAUAAGAUAUAGGAGGAAAAGAGAUAGAUUAGUGGAGCACACAUCUGCUGCUCAGAUACCUACUAUGUGGGGCCCGUUCAAUGCCCAUUGUUACAGGUCUAUUAUAGAUGGAAUUGAGCAUAUUGCCAUGGUUAAGGGCGAUAUUGGUGAUGGACUUGACGUUCUAGUCAGAGUGCACUCAGAAUGUCUUACUGGGGAUAUAUUUGGAUCAGCUAGGUGUGACUGUGGGAGCCAGCUGGCACUCGCCAUGCAACAGAUUGAGGCUACUGGCAGAGGUGUCUUGGUUUACCUCCGGGGGCAUGAGGGAAGGGGAAUUGGUUUGGGCCACAAGCUUCGUGCAUACAACCUGCAAGAUGCUGGGCGUGACACCGUUGAAGCAAAUGAGGAGCUUGGUUUGCCUGUCGAUUCAAGGGAGUAUGGGAUCGGUGCACAGAUAUUAAGAGAUCUUGGGGUUAGAACUAUGAAGCUGAUGACAAAUAAUCCUGCGAAGUACAGCGGGCUAAAGGGCUAUGGUUUAGCUGUUGCAGGAAGAGUUCCCCUUCUGACUCCCAUCACGAAGGAGAACAAGAGAUAUCUAGAGACAAAACGUGCUAAGAUGGGCCACAUUUAUGGCUUCGGAACCAAUGGCCUCCCUAACCUUAUCAACGAUGGACUUAAGAGCAAGAGGGAGGCUACCAGUAUUCUUAUCCAAAUCAAGAAUGUGAUAAAAAUGGAAAAAGAGUAUUCUCUCGAUUCAUUUGCUCAUCCCAAAUUUAUAUAUGAUUCUUCCUGA